AUGGAAACUGACAAGGUGUCGAGUGUUAGUGAAAGAUUGCAGCUUUUGAUGGAUGUUAACCACGAGCAGCACGACCGACCAUCGGGAUCGUUGCUGACUCAUCUAAUCAGUACCCUGGACCAGGAAACUACUGCGCCUCCGACACUAGCCGAGGACGCUCCGAGUUUGCAAGAAGAUGCGGCGGAGCGCACAUUCACUGCCAGUUCUUACUACACCUCAUUCGUCCCAGCGCGUCCACACGCAGACUACUUCGACUUCGACACAGAAUACAACGAGAAAGCCAAGGAUCUCUAUGGGGAUGUUGAGGAGGCAGAAGCUGCCGCGGGCCGCAGCGAUACCGGCGUAGAGCGCCGACUGGAGACAAUGGAAGAAAGCACCCUUGAGGCGUCACCAGUAGGACUCCCCACGGAUGAUCCAUCAGAUGACGCGGAUCAGAACGUGCAAAUGAUUCUGGACAAGCUAGAUACCUUCAAGCGCGAGUUUCGCCACUUAAUAAAAAGAAUGGAUGAGGCUUCUCUGGUGUCACGCAUAUCGGGCUCCGCGACUUUGCCUGAUAUGACCGCCCGUCCGCGGGUCAUGAACACUUUGGUUGGCGAAAUUAUAGAUACACUACAGUCGUUCGUCCCCCAGCCGAGUCGAAAGCGAUCAAGAUGCGAUUCUGACGUAGGAAUAGCAGAAAAGGAUGAGGAGAGUUCACUUCUCGAUGCGGUGGCGAAAGAAACGCUAGAGCACGAUCCCUGUUACGGUGUGCCGAACUUUGGCGUUGUUCUGAUAAAAUCACCCACCACUGUCUCGCAGCUUUGGAACGAAUACACAAAGCUUCCUAGCGAAUGGGCGCUGCCGGACUGGUUUGAUGUAGCGUCGCAGCAGUCUUCCGGUGCAAACAACGCUAGAAGACCUGCAAUACUCUUAAAGCGUCGCACUUCGAUACGCGAUCUUGAGAGGAUAUAUGGUUCGUCGUGGCGCAAUGGUGACAAAAACUUCUCACGCCAAGUCAAUCGGCGUAAGAAAAUUUGGCAUGCAAUCGAGGAGGGCCUCGAAAGCGGUAUUCCUCUCGAGGAGUGCUUCAGGCUUCUUGAGUCUUAUGUAAAGGAAAGAGGAAAAGGGUUAAGCUGGUAUUAUAAUGGCGUUCCGUUCAAACUAGCGGAGCUUAGAGGUGGUAAUUAG